AUGGCGGCGGUGAUUAUCGACGAGGGACUGGCGGCGGAGGUGGCGGCGCGCGGGCAGACGGACACGUGGAAGGCCUUGGCGGAGGAGCUGCGCUUGGAUGCGGCGUCCGCGCUGGCGCUGGCCAUGGAGGAGUUUGAGGAGGUGCAGAGCGGUUCCGGGGUGGCGGCUGCGGAGAUGUCCGUGCUGUUGUGCACGGACGCUUAUAUCAGAGAGCUCAAUAACGAGUGGCGGGGUGUAGAUGCGCCCACGGACGUGCUGUCCUUCCCCCAAGACCAGCCUGCGGGGCUGUCCCCUCUGGUGCACGGCAUGCUGCAUCUGCUCGGAUAUGACCACGAGCCCCCCAAGGGAAUUUUGCAGGGCGCUGCUGACUCAGCGAUGUCAGAAGCUGAGCUGGUGGCGGCGGUGCGUGAGUCAGCGGAGCAGAUGGCAACAGAAGAGCUGCGGAUUUUGGAGGCAUUUGCAUGGCGGGGGGUGGGGUUGGUGGCUGCUGCGCUUGGGGAAGAUGGGGGAGGGGCGCAGGGAGGGGCGGAGGGAAGAGGAGAGGGAGGAGGGGAGGUUGGAGGGGAGGAGGGUGAGAAAGGGGGUGUGAAGGCAAGGAUGACAAGGAUUGGCAUGGUGCAAGGCACACUGCUCAACAGCACCAGCAAGAUCUCGCCAUUCACAGCAGAGCCUUCGAGCGCUCACACGCCAAGGGCGUGCACUGUACCAUGCCAAGGGCGUGCACUGUACCACGCCAAGGGCGUGCACUGCACACUGCUCAACAGCGCCAGCAAGAUCGCCCCAUCAACAGCAGAGGCCCUGAGAGCAGCCCACGCCAGGGGCGUGCGCGUGGCCAUCGCCACGGGCAAAGCACGGCCAGCCGCCAUGUCCGCCCUGGGCGCGGCAGGGCUGGUUGGGUCUGCUGGCAUCUUCAGCGACAAGUCGCCGGGGGUGUUCCUGCAGGGUCUGAGGGUGUACGGCAAGGGAGGGCAGGUGGUGCACAACGCGCUGCUGCCCCGCGAGGUCACUCAGGAGGGCUUUGAGUUCGCCCUGAAGCACGGCAAGGCGCUCAUUGGCUUCUGUGGGGACCGCUGCGUGACACUUGUCGAUCACCCAUUGGUGGAGGCGCUGCACACCAUCUACUAUGAGCCACGGGCGGAGGUGAUGCAGAGUGUGCACCACAUCAUCAACGAGACUCCCAUCCAGAAGCUCCUGUUUUACGACACGCCGCACGGCAUUGACGGCUUCAUUCGUCCUUUCUGGUCGGCCGCUACAGCCGGCCGUGCAACAGUGACUCAGGCCGUGCCGGACAUGCUUGAGAUUCUGCCGCCCGGGCAAUCCAAGGGGGCGGGAGUGAGAGUCCUGCUGGACCAUCUCAAGCUCUCUGCGGAGCAGGUGUCCUUCCCCACCACGCCAGAAUCGGGCCUCCGCGUUUCGCGGAGCGCAGGGAACGUGCAGGAAUCCGCGAAUGGCUCGAGCACCGCGUCGACGCCGCGCAGUCACAAAGAAAUGGAGGCGCUCGCGUACUCCUCUGGCCAGAGCCUCGCGUCGGUUCUUAACGACCCGCGCCUCGGAAAGGCCGGAAUUUACGGAACCGAGAACGCGUGGACGUGGAUUACCGCGCAGCGGCCAGUGGAGCCGGUUUUAGAGGGUCCUCCGCCUCUGCCGCCGGAAAUUCAGGAUUUUCCCAUGUCGGAAUUUCAGCCGUAUUUGCAGCGGAUGCGGGAGCCGUACGGGCGAUUCGUUGACGUGCAGGAGCAUUCCACGUGGGAGUUGGCCACUGGGGAGGCACCCGGUGCUGACGUGGACAGCGAGGGGAGAGAGGAACGGAAAGGGAAGGGUAUUCUAGCAUCGCGGUCAGAAGGUCAGGGUCUAGCAGCGUGUCUCAGGGAAAUACCCCCGGUGUAUUUCGACGAGCAUUUUGCCCUUGAGCGGAAGGAGAUUUUUGACACGGUCUGCCCGUCUCCCUCCAUUCCCGCGAAUAUGCUUCUACAGGAGAAAUUAUCGCAUUACUUAGACCUCGUCGAAGUGCACUUAGUUAAGGAAAUCUCUUCCCGCUCCGACUCGUUCUUCGAGGCCCUGGAAAAACUGGAAGAUCUGAACCGUGGGAUUGUGGAGACGUGCGAUCGCAUCCGUCUGUUGCGCGGCACGGUGGGGAUGCUGGACGAGGAUCUGCUGGAAGGAUCGCGGAAGCUGCAGGCGACCAAGGUUCGGCGGGAGAACCUGCUGCAGCUGCAUCAGAAGCUGAAGCUAGUGGCGUUCGUGCACCAGGCCAUGGCGACGUUGAAGCUGGUAAGGAGCAAUUCGACGUUCCUUACUGCCCAUCCUCCCACCCACCACCCCACCACCCAAUCCCCAUCAGCUGGUGUCAUCGGGCGACUGUGCGGGCGCGUUGGACGUGAUGGACGACUUGAAGCGCCUCAUGGAGGGCAGCGAGCUCACUGGGUGCUCGUGAUGCUGGCGUGCGCGCUUUGCUUCCUGCCCUCUCAUCAUUCCUUGCUGCCCAUGCCGCUCUUCACCACCUCUUCCCUGCCCAUCAGCUGCGGUCGUCACGCAACUCUGGUGUCCUCGGGCGACUGUGCGGGCGCGUUGGACGUGAUGGACGACUUGAGGCGCCUCAUGGAGGGGCAGGAGCUGGCAGGGCUGCACUGCUUCCGCCCCCUCAACGACCUCCUCCUCUCCUCCUCCGAUGCCGUCAACAGCCUCCUUACAGCUGAAUUUGUCCGGGAAGCAGUGCACGAUGCUGCUGACGUGGCGCCUUCCGCCAUAGUCACCAGCUUCAACAUGCAGAAGAGUGUGCCCCCAGCUGCAACGCUGCUCUCUAUAGUCAACCUCGAGCGAGAGGGCAUGGAGGAGAGGGAGGCUCGCCUGAGGGAGCAUCUGCUGCCACUCGUCAUCAGCCUGCUGCGCACAUCGCGCCUGCCGGCAGUGCUGCGGGCCUAUCGGGAUGCAGUGAAUGUGGACAUCAAGGCGGCCGUGAAGACCGUGGUGGGCGAGCUGCUGCCGCUGCUCUUCCUGCAGCACGCCGCCGCUGCUGCUGCUGCUGGUGGGGCGCCGGGUGGUGCAGGAGGCGAGGGGGGCGACGCUGCAGCCGAUGCCCUCAAUGCGCCAUCGCUCGCCCUCAAGCUCCGUGCCCUCGCCCCGCCUGCCUUCGUCCACUUACUGCUCGCCGUCUUCUCUGCCGUCCAGACCCGCCUCGUGCGGGCGGCAGCCGUUCGGAACGUAGUGUCUGGCAUUGCCACCGCCGGAGCUGCUGCCGGUGCUGCUGCCACGGCCGCCGAGCCUGCCGUGGGGUACGAGGCUGCUGCCGUGGCUGCGGCGUUUGCUUCGGGGGCAGAGCUAGUGGUGGCUGCCGAGGCUGCUGAGUCGAAGCUGCUGGGGAGAAAGGGGGUGGGAAAAGGCUUGGGAGGGGGAGGGGCGGCAGGUGGCGUUGGGGGAGCAGCAGGGAGUGGGGAGGCAGCGGGGGGCGAUGUGAGCAGCGUGACUGCUUUAGCCACGUCCAAGCAGCUCAGAGCGGACGUGCUGAGGGAGAAUGCGGAGGCAGUGAGCGAUGCAUGCGAGGUGGCGCACGGGCGGUGGGCGAAGCUGCUGGGCGUGCGAGCACAGGUGCACCCGAAGCUGUCUUUGGGCGACUUUGUGGACAUGUACGCUGUCACCUCCGACUUCAUUGCCUCCACUGAACGGGUGGGCGGCAGGCUGGGCUACAGCAUACGGGGCGCGCUACAGUCGCAGGCCAAGGCGUUGGUUGAGACACAUCACUCGAAGGAGGUGAGGUGCAGCAGUGGAGGGAGGUGA